AUGAAUUUCUAUAGCAUUGAUUGGGCUGUCCAGAUCGGCUUUGUCUGGUUCAAUGCUCCCACUGGCUUCUUCUCGAGAAAUGACUGCAUGACUCUGGAUGGCUUCGCCUCUGCUGAAGUUAGAUUUCUUCUCAUUUAUGCUGCUGUUCAUUCACCUUUUACACCUUCGUUGACUUGUUCCCUCCACACAUUCUUUCUUCCUUAUUUCCCCUUUUACGAUAUCCAUGACCAAAGCCGGCUUUGCUGUCGUUUUCGUUUUCUUCUUCUUUUUCUCUCGUUUAUUUGGCUGCGUCACCUUUGGUCGGCUAGAGGUGCGAUGUUAAUACUAAUCUGUCCCGCAUAUUUUGCCCUUUCUUUCUGCAUGUAUGACUUGUUCUCUCGCUGUUAG